CCAAUUAGAGCAUGGUAAGGUUUUAAACCGCUGUUGCUGUUCCAUUUUUUCAAACAUCAGCUUUUACAUUUUUCUGAUCAACUGAAGUGGUUUACUCAGUGGACUGUGAAUUAACAUAUUCUUGCCUUUAAGCGUAAAAUCUGCUCGAUGGGACCUGAGGAGAGGGAUUGGUUGGACGUGGCAAACAACAUUUUGUUGAAAUGUCACAUUAACCUGAGGCUGGAACGGAUCUCGGAGUGUGAUGCAAAUGUGUUUGUGGUUUUGUAUGAGGCGAUCUUGGGAGAGAAAGUACCAGAUUUUGUAGCUGCUGAGCGCCAGGAAGAUGACAUCCAUAAUGUGCAAUCUGUAAUUGACUCGCUGGCCUUAGACUAUCUCCAGAUUAGUUUAUCUCACAUCACAGGUGAGAAUAUAGUCAGAGGAGAAAAAGAAUCCAUCAGAAAUCUGUUGGAGAUUUUUGAUGGUCUGCUGGACUACCUCAUAGAACAGCAGAGUGAUGAGGAGCCCCAGUAUAAAGGGCUUAAUGGAAAAAACAGUGCUGCCACUGCAACUCUUCAACCUCGGAAUCAGGACAAAGACAAUACACAGUGUUGGGCCUUCAGCAUUCAAUCUGCACUCCAGUCCAAUGAACAUUCCCUCUGUUCCUGGAAUGGGGAUAAAUUCAAGUCAACCACAGAGAUUGUCCCACUGAGGGAUUCUGGCAGCAUGUUCAUGGCCAGACAAGAAGUGUUGGCUGCUGUCCUUCCUCAACUGGAAACCUUAGAGGACGCAGUGAGCACACAGACCACCCUCCAGAGAGAAUUUCUCUGGCCCACCAUUCCUCUCCAGCCUCCCUACAAGACCACCACCCAGAUACCCUCUCCGUCCACUGACAUGGCCACGUUUUCUGAAGACCAGACCAUACAACAACCAGAAAACUCAUGUCAGAAGAUUGGUUACUCAUCUGAGUCGGUUCAGAUCAAUGAAGAGUUGAACACUCCUGUUUCCAUGGAGACUGAGAAGUUUGAAUUCUGUCAGAGGGGAGUCCAUUCAGAAGAAUCUGAGGAUCAGGGAAAGGUGGAUCCAAGACGGAUCCUGUUCUGCACCCAGCCAGGCAGACACAGAGAGAUAGAGGAAAAAGAAGAGAGAAAGGAAGAGGAUGUUAAAAGAUCAACAGAAAUUUGUGUGAUCCAUAGAGAUGAGAGACAAGGUGCUGGGUAAGAAAUACAAUCACAAAGAAUAAACUGGUGAGUGGGAACAAAAGAACAUGCAAACAUAAACCGUUAAAAUAGAUUGAAUUACAGUGCACUUCAUACAGUGACUUUACUUGUGAAUUUACUUGACGUCUUUUUUAGAUGUUUUUUUAGCACUAUGCAUGCAUUAAAUUAAAUGUUUAUUUCAAUGUAAUUUACAUUUAUAAUUGCGAAUAACUCACAGACAGUGUGUGUUUGUCAGAAAAUCAUGAAUAUAAAAGAAACUACUCAAAAUACAGAGGAUAAUUAAGUAACGACAAACAGUUUGGAUUUAGUUGGGUCAGUGUUAAUAGAGAGUCUGGCAGGUGGAAAUGGAACUGACUUCUGUCCAGGUUGUCACAACAUCUGUCAUGAUUCUCUGCCCUGAAACACAAUUCAAAUAUAAACGAUUAUAAAUAAAAAUAUAACUUUGCAAUGCUCAUUUCGGCCCCAGUGGUGAACACAUGUUCAGAAAAUUACACCAGAUAUUUAGUAUUUUGUGAAUUAUAUUUUUAGGCGGCCUUUCACAGGGUCGCGUGAGCACCAACAACACCAGAUAAAGCUUAAAAAAUAUGAAAUAUAUUAUUGUGAUAUUACGUGUUAAGUGAGAAACUUAACUAAAAGAGAUCUAUAUAAAUUUAGCUGCUUUGAAAAAAUCUUUGUUGUAAAAAUCGCAAAAUAAACUAGAUGAGUAAAGUUCAUAGACAAACUUUAAGUUGGCUUGAAAAAGCCUAGCCAGAAGGUUUGGAGUAGUUUUAAAAGCUUGAAGUUUGAAGCUUUUUAGUUUGAAAUAGUUUAAGUUUUAGUUUAGUAGUUUGAAAGCUAAAUAAUGUGUGAAUAAGUAAGUGUGAGUCAGUGUGAUAUAGUUAGUUAGUAAGUUAGAUCGAUAGUAAGUUAGAUAAUAAGUUAGGUAGAUAGUUAGAUAAUAAGUUAGAUAGAUAGUAAGUUAGAUAGUUAUAUAGUUAGUUACAAUAUAUAAGUUAGUAAGAUAGUAAGAUGCAUAGAUGGAUAGAAAGUUAGAUAGUUAGAUGGUUAGUAAGUUAGACAGAUAGAUGGUUAGUAAGUUAGUUAGAUAGUUAGAAACUUAGAAAGUUAGUUAGUUUAUGAGUUUGAAUGAGUUUGAAUGGCUCAGUAAUAGUACAUAGAAUGGAAGCUUCAUUGAGUUUAAUGGGCUUCAGUUUGUUUAGAUUUGAAUUUGACAGCUGGAGGUUGAUGGAAUGUUCAGAUUUUCAUGGAAUGUUCAGAUUUUCAAUGUAAGUCAAUGGGAGUUUGUCCACGUUUGAUCAGCAUUUUUAGGAAAACCGUAAGUCGGAUCAGUCUGGAAAGAUAUAGCAACCCGAGUCAGAACAGUCUGAAGGUCUGGGCUGAGUUUGGUGGUUGUAACUUUAAAGCUCUAGGAGGAGAUAGUGUUCAAAUUUUUGGUCAGAAGAAUAAUAAUAACUAGACUAGAUAAAAAAGUUUGAGGACAAACUUUAAGUUGGCUUGAAAAAGCCGGUCCAGAAAGUUUGGAGUAGUUUUAAAAGUGUGAAGUUUGAGAGUUUUCAGUUUAAAAGUUU